CGAAACAAAAAAACCGAUGUAAAGACCUAGGGUUUUGACGCUGCUCAGUAUAAAUACUCGCGUUGCACAAUUAGAGCCGAAACCUCUACUGUUCGCCGUUGUUGGUCUUUUUCACUUGCAAACCCUAGCAGCCUUUCGUUCGGCAGAAGAGGAAGAAUGGGGCACUCCAACAUCUGGAAUUCUCAUCCCAAAACCUACGGCCCUGGCUCCCGCACUUGCCGUGUUUGUGGGAACCCCCAUGGUAUAAUUCGAAAGUAUGGGCUCAUGUGUUGCAGACAAUGCUUUCGCAGCAAUGCUAAGGAAAUAGGCUUCAUCAAGUAUCGCUAAGCAGUCAAGCCAAGUUUUGUACUAGAGGAAGAUUUCUCUUAAUGGGAUGCAUUUAGUUAUUUCAGAUUUACCUUUUUAAAUCAUCUCCUGCCUUUGUUCUGAAAAUGGAUGUAUUGAGGAUGAUUAUUCCAAGUUUAUAAUUGAACUUGAAGUGAUGUUUGAACAGACAAAUUAAUAUUUGCUUAUUUCAUAGUUUUGACCAUUGCUUCUUUGCA